AUAAGAUGUUUGGCUGGAAGAGCAAUUCAACGGACGUCAUUCAAAUCUCAACUUUUCUGAAAAGCAAACAAAUUCCAUUGCGUGGGCCAACAGUAAUCAUCAAGACGUCAAAAACCAAUUAACGGUUCAGCCUCAUCUUCAUCAUGUCACCGGCGAAGAAAGUCGUCCACGCUUUCUUCCAUGUCGCAGAUAAACGUCCCGUUCUCGUAUUUGAGGACGAGGCCAGCGCUGCCAAAUUCGCAAAACAGUAUUCUGGCGCACAAAUCUACUCGCACAAGAGCCAUGUAUUUCUUCCAACGCCCUUUGGACUCGAGCUCGUGCUGGGCGGGCCAAACGGAGAGACUGGUUUCCAGUUUCACUACCAUGGCCAGGCGGAGAUGUUCAUGCAGGCUCUUCAUGAUCACGGAGUCAUGUAUUCCGAGGGGGAGCAAGCGUCGAGAACGGUAUAUGUGGGCCAGAAGGGAAGGCAAAUCGGUGCAGAGCCGAUAUGGCCCGGUGUUGCGUGAUGUCUCCUCGAAGGAGGAGGGACUGAACCGCAUGCUCAUGAUGUGAUUGUGGCGAGGGUGUCUGUGGUUGUGUCGAUUGGAACAGGUCUUAGACCAGAUGUGGCUCAAGAUUUGAUUUGGAAAGCGCAAAACCUCAACGAGCGGAUGGCACAACAUUGGGAAUGCACAAUGCAAUGCUUCUACUUAAUUAUGGACCGUUCGUGACUCAACACCGACGCAGCAGCUGCGUCCUCACUUUUCAUACGUUUCGUUAAGUAAGCUGAGUGAAAGUGAUCUUGAGUUACACAGUAACUUAAAACGCUACCGUGACUGACUAAGCG